UAUGAUAGAGUGUCAGCAAAAGCAUCAUCUAUCCAUCACUAUCAAAAACACCUCUCUCUCUCUCUCUCUCUACACACAUGACAACAAAUGGAGAAAAAAAUCAUAGACAAACACUUUUUUCCACCUUCUUCUUCUUCUUCCUAUACUCAAAAAAUUCUUCAUUUUCAUAGCUCCAAAGUCCAAAAAUUUUAAGAAAAAUUGUGGAUUGCUAACAUAUAAUUCUCAUUUCAAGAGGCAUUAUGGUCAAGUAAGGAAUCUACUAUAGUAGAUUGAAAUGAAUUGCAGCUGCUUUGGUGCGUCAACUAAGCAGCAGAAAAGAGGUAGUACUGAUCUUGCUCAUCAAGAUACACAAGAUACUGCAGGCAUGGCAGCUCUACGAAGAAGGAAAGCUCUUGGAGUUAGUCGAUCAAGAACUAGGCGAUUUUCCAGAAAAAGAAGUCCUCAAGUACAUUAAGGUAGCUCUCUUUUGCACACAAGAAAAUGCAAAUCGAAGACCGAUGAUGAGCCAGGUUCUUGACAUGCUCGCGAAAAACAUCAAGCUAAACGAAAAAGAACUCACACCACCGGGAUUUUUUCAAGAUUCGGGCGGUUCAAGUAGCACACAGUUUAAACUGAAGUCAUCAGAAAGCAGCAUAAGUCAUCAAAUGAGUUCUGUACCCCUCUCUAUCACUCAGUGAUAAGGAUGCAACACGUGAUAUGUGGAUUAAGCGCGCGCUUGUCGACUGUGUGCACCAACUAGAGUUGGAACAGAAGCCAGAAGCCAUAGGGAAUUCUUUAUUAUCAAUAAAAGAAAUUAUUUCUGAGAAAUUAUACUGUAUAUAUAUUUUUUUAUUUUCUAAUUAUUUGGGUUUGUGAGGUUGUGUUUUCAUGAAUCUAAUAGUUUUUUGUAUGCAUAGAAUGAGCAGACAAGUCAAAUUGUAUAAUCUUUGCUGAUGGUCUAUCGGAAACCACCUCUUUACCUCUCAAGGUAGGGGUAAAGUUUAUGUA